AUGUCCAAAAAAAAAUGCGCCUUCGGCUGGGCUUUCGGGGGUCCUCCUCUGCGUGCCCCCUUUGCGAACCUCGCCCAACUCGCGCGCUCUCGCGCCUCUCUCCCUCUUCUCUAUCGUUUCACUCGCCUAGUCAGACUGCUGAGUUUCGGUAGAGAACAGAUCGCUCGGCUGCGCCGCGGCCGUCCCUCCAGGCCGCGUCCUCACCGCCUCGCAACCUCUCCGAAACGAUCCGGCUCGUGCCGUCACACGAAUCCCCAGCGACCUCCGGUCCCAACUUAACAUGAAUCGUUCUGAAACGUUCUGGAAAGUGUCUAGAUCCACCACUUCGUCACACUACUACUCAAAAACCCCGUAG